GCUCAAUUUUCAAAGCUGGGCUUCUUUUCCUGUUGUUAUUACAUGAAUUAUUAGUGCGUAUACUGUAGAUUUUUUAAGAUGCUGUACACGGAACAUCUCAUUGGCUACAGAAAAUCUAAAGAUGAUCUUAAGAAAGUCUUGAAUAUAAGAUCUGACUAUGAAACGUUCCGUACAGCAUCUUUAAAUAAAUUCAAGACGGUCUUGAAUAUAAGACCCGAUGAAUACCAGCCCUAGUGUAACCAAACAGUCGCCAAAAAUCGCCCAAUCUUAAUUUCCGUGAAUACAUUAUUCCGGGGGGGGGAAGACGAGUCGAUUCGAACGUUCGCGCGCCUCCCGCUUUACCGACUUGGCACUCCCUAGCGAUGUUCGCGGCGCGACGUUGGCAUCACUGCUAUUCAAAAUAUUUUGAACGCGUCCUGCAACAGUUGUUAUGAAGAUGGAGGCGUAGCAGCGGAUGACAACAAGGUGGAUUUAAACAGUUAUUUGCUCAAGCUCGUACGCGAGCACGAUGAAGUUCGAGGAACUCAAGUGCAAUCUGCUGGACGUCUUCGACAACAAUAACUACACCGUUGUGGAUAAAUGGCAGUCGUCAUGUCGGGAAUUUCGGCAGUUGGUGGACAUCAAGCUCGAGCAGAAGUUCCUUUACGAGAAAGACUGCAGCAAGAAGAAGUCCGUCAACACCGCGAAAAUAUCAGAGCUGCAACAGGAGAUCGGCGCAGUCAAGUCCGAGGUAGACGCCGUGAUACUCCAGCAGAAGGUCGCCAACAAGAAGGUAUCGAACGCGAUAAGGUCGCAGGAGAGUCUCAAGGACAAGCUGGAAGAGACGAAGGUGCAAAUAGAAACGUUGUCGUUGGAAAUUGUGGACCUGGACCUCGAGAUACAAGAAAGAAAGAAGAAGAAACUUUCACAAUGGGAUGCCAUUAAGCGUGCAAUUAACGUCUACAAAGUAAAUUUGGAUAUACAUAUGAUUCUUGAAGAGAAGGAGGAUUGCCAGUACAUGAAGAUCUCCUUCUUCACCAGAAGCAACAAAAUUACAAAGGACGAGUACUUUGUCCAAUUAUCAUGCAGCGAUAAUAAGUGGAGAGUCGAGCAAAUUGAACCGAGGCUGAAGAAGGAGCAUCUCGAUGAGCUGAGCAGUAUAAAAGAUUAUCCCGAAUAUUCCAAAGUGUCGGACAUCACCCUGUUCCUGUGCCAAGUACGUAGUAUAUUUCUAAAACAUUACAUGAAAACGAGAGAGAAAUUGUAAAACGGCCGAUGCCUGUCGUUAAUUAUAACAGCUUGUAGAAUAGUAUAUUUUGUAAGAAAUGACAAGUUCGUGUUCUGACCCUCUCUUGCGAGGGCGACUUUUAUUAAUAAAAGUUAAGAUACCUAAAAUAAAUUGUUAUAUGUAUAAGAUAUGUAACAUACCACCACGCGUCGCUGUCUAAACGUCGGCACGGUUUUAUUAUAUACGUGCGUGUAUCGUCGUCACGCACAACGGGA